AUGACACCUGAUGACACCAAAUUUCAGGGGGACUUGGGUAACACUUUUUUUUCCUUCCCCACAGAUCACCAGAAGCUGGAGCGCGAAGCCAGGAUCUGUCGCCUGCUCAAACACGCCAACAUUGUUCGGCUCCACGACAGCAUAUCAGAAGAAGGAUUCCACUAUCUGGUCUUUGAUCUAGUCACUGGUGGAGAGCUGUUUGAGGACAUUGUUGCCAGGGAGUACUACAGCGAAGCUGAUGCCAGUCAUUGCAUUCAGCAGAUCCUAGAGGCUGUGCUCCACUGCCACCAGAUGGGUGUGGUUCACCGUGACCUCAAGCCAGAGAACCUGCUGCUAGCCAGUAAACUGAAGGGAGCAGCAGUUAAGCUGGCUGAUUUUGGCCUGGCUAUAGAAGUGCAGGGAGACCAGCAGGCAUGGUUUGGUUUUGCUGGGACACCAGGGUAUUUGUCUCCAGAGGUCCUGAGGAAAGAUCCAUAUGGCAAGCCUGUGGAUAUGUGGGCCUGUGGGGUGAUCCUCUAUAUUCUGCUGGUAGGGUACCCUCCGUUCUGGGAUGAGGACCAGCAUAGACUGUACCAGCAGAUAAAAGCUGGAGCUUAUGAUGUGAGUUUCACUUUGGGGGGUGUGUGUGCUUGUGUGUAUUGUAAUGGCCAAGCCGAGGUCCAGAGCCUGGACCGCAUCAUGUUCUUCCUCUCAGCCAGUCAGUGAUGUUGAGUCAUGGCC